UUUUUUUUUUAAUUUUUUCCUCCCCCUUUUCCACCCCGCCACCCACCGUCAAAGUGGGGUGGGCGUAAAGUGGGUGGGUGGGGGGGAAAAGAGGCAGCGAUCUCCGUGGCGGCGGCUGAGCAUGGAAGAGCCGCCGGAGGGGCACGGCCACCGAGACGCGGCGCCCGGCCCGGCGAGCAGCGGCAGCGAUGGCGAGAGCGUGCCCGUGUCCCCCAGCCCCGCGCCCUCCUCCCCCGCCGCGCCCUGCCCCCUGCCUCUGCCCCGCCGCCGCCACCCGCCGCCCCCGCCACCGCCCCCGCCGCCGCCGCCCCACCGCACCACCAACUUUUUCAUCGACAACAUCCUGAGGCCGGACUUCGGCUGCAAGAAGGAGCCGCCCGCGCCGGCCGGCGGCGGAGGAGGAGGCAGCCGAGAGCGGGACGGAGACCGGGGGCAGAGCUCAGGUAGAGAAAACGUCAACCCGCUGCUGGCCCGGCCGCCCAACCCGCCCGCCCUCCUCUGCCCGGACUCGAACUGCCGUCCCGACGGCUCCGCGCCGCCGCCACCGCCCGCCGCCGCCGCCAAAGCCAGUCCCGCCGCGGCGGCAGCGGCGGCGGCGGCGUCGGGGGCGGCCAAGCCCCCCACCGACGGGGGCGAGACUCACCCGGCGAAGUACGGGGAGCACGGCAGUCCCGCCAUCCUCCUCAUGGGCUCUAAUAAUGGAGGACCUGUUAUAAAGCCCGACUCGCAACAGCCGCUGGUGUGGCCUGCCUGGGUCUACUGCACUAGGUAUUCAGACAGACCGUCCUCGGGCCCUCGCACCAGGAAGCUGAAGAAGAAGAAGACAGAGAAGGAGGACAAGCGGCCGCGGACGGCGUUCACGGCCGAGCAGCUGCAGCGGCUGAAGGCGGAGUUCCAGGCGAACCGGUACAUCACGGAGCAGCGGCGGCAAAGCCUGGCCCAGGAGCUCAGCCUCAACGAGUCCCAGAUCAAGAUCUGGUUCCAGAACAAACGGGCUAAGAUCAAGAAGGCGACAGGCAUCAAGAACGGGCUGGCGCUUCAUCUCAUGGCCCAGGGACUCUACAACCACUCCACAACCACGGUGCAGGACAAAGAGGAGAGCGAGUGAGGCGGGCGGCCCCAGCCCAGCCCUGCGCCGCGGCGCCGGCCCGCCGGCCGGGAGGCGGACAGGUGCGAUUUAAAAGCAGAUCUAUUGUCUAUCCAUAGUAUAAGGACUCCGAUUAAGAAAAAAAAAUAAAAUAUGAACACUUAAAAAAAUUAUCUCUAUAUAGCCAAACAGCAUAUGACCUUGUAAAUAUUUAAUUUCAGGUAAGAAAUAUGUGUAGCGAUCUCUAUUUGCUGGACAGUUUCUCUCUUCCCUUCUCCUUCUCCUUUCUUUUGUUUGUUUGUUCGUUUUCUUUGCUUUCCUUUUUUUCUUUUUUUUCGCCCCCCCCCGAUGUUCGUUGCUCUUGUUUUACAGUAAAUGUCGGACUUUUCUCAUCUUUCGUUUGAUCUUAUUUUAUUUUUUGUGUGCGUGAAUUUCUGUCUUUUCUCUCUCUUUUUUUUUUUUUCCCCGAGGAAAAAAAAAUUCUGAUCCACAGACUGCGAGACUGAACCCGCCGCUACAAGCCAAAGAUUUUAUUAUGUUCAGAAAUCUGUAGUCUGAAAUAAAGUGUAGACUGUGUUCAGGA